AUGCUAAAGAUGAUGACUCUAAAUAUGGAGGCUGACCUGCUUACCCAAAUAUUUCCGUUACUAGAUGAUAAUUAUAUUGAUCAGCAAAUAAACAUCUUGAAAUAAAUGCAAUCUUAAUAUUAAAAUUAGUCAUCUUAACCAUCACUGCAUUUAAAUGUCCUUCAUCAUUAUUUAAAGCUGGUUAAGAAUCUUUAACUUUAAAUAAAAGAUUAUGAUUCACUUUUAGUCGACAUUCAGAAUUUGUAGACUCUCACAAAUGCUUAUCUUAACAAGAUCGAAUUUGAAGGAAGGGAUCUGUUUGAAUCUAGAGAUAUAAUACAAGCUGAUGGCACUAAUGAAAGCUAUAAGCAUUUCUUUUUAUUCAAAUUUUUCUAGUUGAUAGCGGAUAUCCUUGAAUACCUUCAAAUAUAACAGUUGCAAUCAGAUUGUCAAUGCAUUGAUGAUGAAAUUGAAUAGAUGAUGAAUAAUUAGUUUGCAAUUAUUCAAAAAUCAAUUCGAUCUAUUUAAAAGAGUACUUGUAUAAUAAUAGUCAAUGAAGGAAAUAGUAAAGAUAGGCAAAAUUAAUUAGAGUAAAUAAUUUCAAAGUCAAAUAAGUUUGUCUACACGACCUUUCUGCCGCUAUUCAUGAAUAUUCAAUUGGUAUUGGACGAUUCAGCUAGACUGUAAAAUGAUGAAAUUCAGGUAAAAAAGGACUCAGAUUAUGUUGCUAAAGUAAGACUAACACUCUCAAAAACUAAAAAAUCUAUCUAGUCUUAAGUUGAUUUCUGUGUCCUCAAUUACACUUUGAUUCAAAAUCACGCUUAAUACUUUAUUCCUCAAUCGUCAAAUAUUAUCAUCAAAUCUUAAAGAGUUAUCAAGAAUAAAAUGAAAGAACACAUCGAAAUUGUUCAAAUAUCUCUGCCUACUCUAGGUAAUUACGUACUUAGAUUGGAGACUAAACUAUAUGAUGCUAGUGAAAAUGAAAUAGGUGUAAAUGUUUGUAAAAACAUUAGAUUCAGAGUAAUGUGA